UGAAGAGAUGACAAAUUCAGAAAGUCUCUCCUGGGAGUGGUCGCCCAGAUAUCAGUCUCUGGCGCUGGGGAUGGCUGCUGCAGGUCACAAAAAUGCAGGCUCAGGUCACCAAAAUGCAGGCUCAGGUCACAAAAAUGCAGGCUCAGGUCACAGAAAUGCAGGCUCAGGUCACAGAAAUGCAGGCUCAGGUCACAAAAAUGCAGGCUCAGGUCACCAAAAUGCAGGCUCAGGUCACAAAAUUGCAGGCUCAGGUCACAGAAAUGCAGGCUCAGGUCACAGAAAUGCAGGCUCAGGUCACAGAAUGCAGGCUCAGGUCACAGAAAUGCAGGCUCAGGUCACAGAAAUGCAGGCUCAGGUCACAGAAAUGCAGGCUCAGGUCACAGAAAUGCAGGCUCAGGUCACAAAAAUGCAGGCUCAGGUCACAGAAAUGCAGGCUCAGGUCACAAAAUGCAGGCUCAGGUCACAGAAAUGCAGGCUCAGGUCACAGAAAUGCAGGCUCAGGUCACAAAAUGCAGGCUCAGGUCACAGAAAUGCAGGCUCAGGUCACAAAAUGCAGGCUCAGGUCACAAAAUGCAGGCUCAGGUCACAGAAAUGCAGGCUCAGGUCACAAAAAUGCAGGCUCAGGUCACAGAAAUGCAGGCUCAGGUCACAAAAUGCAGGCUCAGGUCACAGAAAUGCAGGCUCAGGUCACAGAAAUGCAGGCUCAGGUCACAGAAUGCAGGCUCAGGUCACAGAAUGCAGGCUCAGGUCACAGAAUGCAGGCUCAGGUCACAGAAAUGCAGGCUCAGGUCACAGAAAUGCAGGCUCAGGUCACAGAAAUGCAGGCUCAGGUCACAAAAUGCAGACUCUUGGUGUUUCUCGGUGUUUCCCAGGUCCAGGUCCAGAGCAGGUUCAGAUGAUAUUCAGGAAAGGGAAAGGGAAGGGAAAAAGGAACAGUCCAGGGUAAAAAUUGGACUGCCUAGCUAAACUAACUAAUAAGCAAAAGC